UAGCCAAGUACACACAAAGACGCAGAGGGGACUGUAUUCUCGUGAUAGUGUGUUGUAAUAAUAAUAGAGGGGCGACCCACAGCAGACUCUCUACCUUUUAACUAAACUGUGACUCACUGAGUUGAAAUGGCAUCCAAGCUCUGUGACUCCUGCAAAUCCGCCACGGCCACUCUGUUCUGCCGGGCGGACUCCGCUUUUUUAUGUGUCAACUGCGACACCAAAAUCCACGCGGCCAACAAGCUCGCGUCUCGCCACGCGCGAGUCCGGGUGUGCGAGGUCUGUGAACAUGCACCAGCGCACGUCACAUGCAAGGCUGACGCCGCUGCCCUCUGUGACACGUGCGACCGCGACAUACACUCGGCUAAUCCCCUGGCUCGUCGCCAUGAGCGUGUACCAGUCACUCCCUUCUACGACUCCGUGAACUCCGCCGUCAAACAUAACGGCGUCGUCAACUUCAUGGACGACGAUCGUUACUUUGAUGACGUGGAGGGAGGCGAUGUCAGCAGGGAGGAGGCUGAAGCAGCUUCCUGGUUGUUGCCAAACCCGAAGGUGGUUGAGGAUGGCCCUGAAAUGAACACUGGCCAGUAUGCGUUCUCGGAUAUGGAUCCGUAUCUGGAUCUGGAAUUUGGGCCUGUGGAUCCGAAACUUGAGGCCCAAGAACAGAACAGUUCAGGUACUGAUGGAGUUGUCCCUGUGCAAAGCAAAAACGUUCAUGCUCCUUUGGUUAACGACCACUGCUUUGACCUGGAUUUUUCCGGCUCCAAAUCUUUUGGCUACGGAUACAACACUCAGUGUCUCAGUCACAGUGUAUCAUCGUCAUCACUGGACGUUGGAGUGGUGCCAGAUGGUAGUGCGAUGACGGACAUAUCGAAUCCGUACAGCAGAGGAACGGAGUCAACAAAUCAGACGGUUCAGCUUUCAUCAGCAGACAGGGAGGCACGUGUGUUGAGGUACAGAGAGAAGAGAAAGAAUCGGAAGUUUGAGAAGACGAUACGGUACGCAUCAAGAAAAGCGUACGCGGAGAUGAGGCCAAGAAUCAAAGGAAGGUUCGCGAAGCGUAUAGACACGGAAGUCGAAGUUGAUCGUAGUAGCAACAGUAGUAUGUACGGAUUCGGCGUCGUUCCGUCCUACUAAUUUAAAGUGAAUUUUGUAAUAAAUCCAUGUUUUAAUUUUAAUUUUAUUUUUGGUUUUAUGUAUAUAAAGUAGUUGAGAUGUUUGAUCGAUGGAGUGUGGACCGUCGAUUUGGUAGUAAUGGAGUUUUUGCUUUGUAAUGAACUUUUAAUUUAAUGUACUGGGCUGAGAAAGCUCUUCUCUUUGAUUAACAAUA